GCUACACACGCGAUGCUGACUGCGAUUGCGCAGAAAUCUCGUGCAUGACAGCUGAGACAAGAAAGGAGAAAACACACAUUAAACCUGUGAGCUGCCUGGGUCUGGGGUAGUUGAGUGUCUGUGGGUUUCUAUGGAGAUCCUGGGGGAGAGGUUCGGCUCGUUGUCGGUGGCGUGUCGGCUUGCGCCAAGCGAGCCGGCGUACAUCCUGGACGUGGCGUGUCAGCCGGCGGGGGGCCCCCUAGUGGCUGCUAGCUGCUCCGACGGCACGGUGCGCCUGCACCAGCGCCACACGCUCGCCCCGCACGGUGCGGGGUUCAAAGGUCACGCGGGGCCGCUGUGCGGCGUGCGCUUUGCCCAGUCCUCCCCCGACACCCUGUACUCUGGCUCGACCGACGGAACGCUGCGCUGCUGGGACGCUAGGCAACCGGGCGGCACGGCGACGCGAGUGUUCCGCAGCGAUGCCAGUCAUGUCUUCUGCUGCAUGGACCUGAGCUGUAACGACAUGCUGCUGUGUGGCGGCACAGAACAGGUGGGUGAGGAUUCCUUCCUUGUCUUCUGGGACGUGCGCAUGGCCACUUCCUCUUCCUCCACAUCAUCUUCCUCUUCCUCCACUUCCACUUUCUCCACUGCGGCUGGGAAGCAGCAAGGGCUGCUGGGAGUGUACUCAGAGUCGCACAGUGAUGACAUCACGGCAGUGCGUUUCCACCCGCGGCAGGCGGACCGGGUGGCGUCCGGCGGAACAGAUGGGCUGGUCAACGUGUUCCAGCUGAACAUGGGAGCCGAGGAGGACGCGCUCACACACACCUGCAACACACACUCCUCUGCUGCCAGCCUCGCCUGGGCAGGUUCGGACUAUAACGAGCUGCUGUGUGUGACCCAUGACGAGGGCCUGUGUCUGUGGGAUGUGCGGCACUCGGACUCGGACUCGGACGACCCGCUGGCCCUGCUGAGUGUCCCGGACGCCCGUACACACGUCUCUCUACCACCAGCACCACAAAGCGACGCUCUGGAGUACCUGGUGGGCGGGGCCUGGAUGGAGGAGGCGGGGCAGCUGCUGGUUGUGGGCGGAGCCGGCUCAGGAGCUCUGCAUUUGAUUGGUUGUUGCGGUCGAGAGGGCCUGAGGCCGCUUCGGUGUCUGGAGGGCGGGCACUCGGCUACCGUGCGGUGCUUCCUCUGGCUGCCACUCGAGGGCGCCCUGCUGACAGGCGGCGAAGAUGGACAGCUGCUACUGUGGAGACAGGGGGGAGCGGAGACACAGGCGUGCGAGAAGAAGGCGUUGGAGGGGGUAUCGGAACUACAGGGGGGCAGAAAAGACACAUUGAAGAGUGUCUCAUCUCUGCAGCUGAAGGCCAGAUCACACCGCAAACACCAUAGCAACAGCAAACACCACUAGCGUUAGGUUCAGACAGACGGACUGACUGGCAGGACAAUCACCCCUAGCUCACCUGAGACAGACAGACAGACAGACAGACAGCUAGCUCAGCCACAGCUCAUCUGAGGAAGACAGGUCAAUAUAUAAGCUCAGACAGACAGACCGACAGACAGACAGGUCUGUAUCUCGGCCACAGCUCAUCAGUGGUAGAAGCGCUACUAUACUCUACUGUGUGUCUCUCACUACUGCGAUCACCACAGUAGCAGCAAACCCAUUUCUGUCCCCAUAUGUUCAUGUUAGCCUGACUAGCUUAUGAACACUAACUGUAAAAUGUUCUGACUGUGUGCUGAACAGUGUUAACAUGUAAGGUGUACUAAUAUAACAGGCUAUUGAAACCUGGUGCUUUUAAAUGUGCUAAACGGUUGUUUUAUCAACUCCUCUGUGAUACCUCAGACAGCUCCCUGCCAACCCAACUGAGUGUCCACGUGAGACAGGUGGCCUUAGGUUAUGGUUGGGGUGGACUGACGGUGGGGUGGACGGACAUGUCCAUACCUCUUUCCAUAUUGCCUGAAAUUGUUCCUGACACUUUUCCACAAGCGCAAUUCAAAAGUAGCAUCCCAGGGAAAUCUGUCAAAUGUAUGUCCCCGUCACUUUUCAAACCAAACCGACAUACUCUUUCCUCCGUUCACCUAAGUAAGGAGGGGUAGGAAUACUCACCGAGACCCAGGAUUGGGAAAGUUCUUUUUAUACAGGAACAUUUCCAAAUGAACUAGUGAAUUUUAAGUUCAUAUUUGUUAUAAUUAAUAGUUUGUUCAUAGUUAUGAAAAUGAAAUAGUUCAUAGUUCUUUUUUCAAGAGGUUGUUGCGAGCCAUAUUGUUCAACAUUGUUCUAUUUUUAUCAGAACAGUGAAAAUAUAUGUGUUUGGUGUCAUCUUAUAGUAAUUGGGGCUCUUUACGAAGUAUUUUUUGCAGGGUUUUCACCUGAACUCUAAAAAAAACCCCGCGGCACCCUGUUAGACGAAGGCACAUUCAGUUUGUUUGCAGACACCAGAAUGAACUAGUUCAUAGUUCAUUUAUCAGGCAGUAAAUAGUAUGCGUUCAGUUCACGUUCUCCCAAAUGAUGAACUAGUGCUUCAACUAUAGUUCAUAUAACUCGUUUUGGUACAACACUGCCCAGCUCACAUGUUAUAUACAGUGCACAGUAAAGAUGAAUACACCCCUGUUGAAAAGAAACAUUUUGAACAAUAUCUUAUUAAACACACAAGUUAUUCCCAAAGUGCUCAUAGAGUAAGUGUAAUACAGCAUCUUUUGAGCUUACGACAAAAAAGUAAGGUCAAUACUCGUAUAACUUAAAUGACAUAUUUGUUAUGUUGGUGCAAAAGUGAGUACACCCCUAUGUUAAACUCCGGGAGAGUGUCUGUGAAGGGGCUGUGUUGACACGAAACGUCUAGAAAUGGAAAAGGAUCAAAAGGGAGGUCAUCAGUGUGCAUUUCAUCCUUGCCUUACAUUGAACUUUUACAUUUUGUGUCUGCAUCUGGCUAAAGUGAAUGUGUGUGAGAUUUGAAUGAAAUCCUAUAGAGAGUAUCAUGAUCUGCUUCAGUAGUCACAGUACAUGUUGACAAGCAUGUUUCUUGUGGUGAAAUUCAGCUUCCUACUGUUGAUGGCAUCCAUACAGCUCCAAACCAUUUCAGUCCCACCACCAUGCUUGACUUUAAGCAUGGGGCACUUUUCUUUGUACAAAUCACUUUUUACCACCACACAUGCUUGACACCAUCUAAUGCAAAUUUCUUUAUCAUGGUCUCAUCAUAGUCAAACAAACUAAGGAUAUGGGUUACUGUGAUCUAAUGACACCAAGAUAAACAAAUUUGCUUGCAAAUUUGAUCGGAAUCGAACCCGGGUUGCCAGCGUUAUUAUGGUAUGCUGUCUCAUCUCAUUGAGCCACCACGCCCCCUCUCUUUCAAUAUCUAACCUCCUGUUCUCUCAUCCUGUCCUUUUUACUUAUGGCCUUUGUGAUGCAAGGCAAGACAUAAUUGGCGAUAGAAGUUUUAUUCAGUGUCUUGCAAAAGCACAAUUAAAAAGUUUUCACAUUUGCAAUCAGGAUGUUGAGUGGGUAACAUAUUCCAAAACUUUUCGUUGCUAGGCUGAGGCAUCACGGAAGCACAAAGCCACAAGUAAAAGGAGAGGACAGAAGGUUAGAUAAUAAAACUCGCAUGCUAAGGCAGUAUUUCACCGUACACACAAGUUCUGCACAGGUGUUGAUCUUAAUGAAGCAUGUUCAUUUCUACUCUAUUUUUACGCUAUUUUUAUUGUGUUGAUCUGGACUUUUGGUGGAGGAGAUAGGAAUGGCGUUUGAUAUGGGGGGGGGGGGGGUAUUUCACAUCAGAAAAUACUAUUUUUU